AAGUAUCCCUCUGUAAUCCAAUCUUGGUCUUACGACGAUGACCACUUCAACGCUGUGCCCGCCGCAGCUGCAAAUUCAGUGGUGAUGCUGCGUCGGACGAAUCUGUGGGACAACACAAAUGUUGCCAGGUUGGGGUUGUGACCAUACUCAUCUGCACCGUAGCGGAGUAUGAGAGAAACAUCGGACUCCAUAGAGAAAUUCUCUUGCUUCUUCUGGUCGCAGGCUGCAGUGUGGGGAUCGCAUAUUUCAACUUGGAAGCUCAGCAGACCGUUUGAUCAUCACCUGCGGUGGUGUGAGAAGAGUUGCUCCUUUUGCUGGCAAUUAUUUGCACUUUGAUGUCAAGUCGCUGUCGAUGGAAGUGAAUCAGCCGGGUUGUGAGCGAGGCAUGGAGCUUAGGCUGAGCAAGGAGAUGGCGACGUGAAUACGAAUGUGAAGAAGACGAGAACGAUUUUAGAUCUAGGUCGGUGGAGUGGUUAGGGGAAGAUUUCAGCGGAGAAAGAGAUAGGAAGAGAGAGAUGAGAGAUUUGGCCUCUUCUCUUGUGCAAACUAGAGCGCCACCAGAAGCAAGAUUCUGGCAGUGCCAGAAUCUCCAAGUGUACUGCAAGGGCAAACGGUGUCGGAAGAGAAUUGCCUUGAAGGCCAUCUGUACCCCCUCGUCGUGGCGUCUGCACUCCUCCAUUCGUGUCAUAGGACGACUGGAGUUUUGAUCGCAGGCUCUCAAGCAAGGUCAUUCCUAGGACAGCAGAUUAGGUAGACGUGCAUAGACAGAGAUUGAACUCGCAUCAGAUUACUCUUGCAGGAUUGUGUUAACUUUAUGAAAUUCCUCCGAAGGUAUAACUGACGUUGGAUCACACCCCGACGUAUACACCUCCAGGGAUAGUAUCCCGGGUGGCGGAGACAUGGAUGCAGGGAAAAGGUGGUUGCAAGGUUGACGAAUCACACUGGCGCGACCAAGAUGUACUUCAUGGGGCUUGUGAACUCGACGUUCAUGGCCAAGAAACCAACGGGACAUGUGGAGCUCGUCGCGCUGUCUGAGGAGAUGCCAGUGGAGAGAUACAAGGACUGGGCCAUCAGCAAUGACCACAAUAUCUGUGGCUAUGGCUGUCGCGAUUGCAGAGCAGGGAUCGAGGGUUUGGGGCCUAGCGCCAGCCCACGACGCAGAGCGAUAGAGGAGCAACCAGCCGACCUCUGCAUGGAGCCUCUGUUUCAACUGGUACGCGAGUCAGAUUCUUCGGAUUCAUCUGAAGGUGAUACAUCCCUUGUUGCGCACAAGCUCCGAAUGCACAUCCUGCACGAGACGAAAGCCAUGCCAUCUUCGUUGGAAAAGGCACCGGUGGAGGUGAUGGACAAAGGGUUGGAAAACGAAAAGGAUUUAUAUCAAGAAGGGUCAUCCUGCACUAACAAGAGAUCAGACAUGGUGCAAGCAGAGGAGCCAGUGUCGGAAAUGACAACUGCGUCCAAUACGACAAUAAUCAGCAAAAUCAGAUCGACACCGAAGCUUGAAAGUAUUUUUGCAGAUGGUCGAUUAUCCACAAGAGUACAACACCACCCGCUGCUACUGGUAAGGGAGGAGCAUGAGGAAAACGCAAGAGCAAGAACAAAAACAAGGGGCAUCACCUCAGCUUCGCCUGCUGUAAGAGACGUCACUGUGGAAAGCCCGCCGAAAACUGACGAGGCUCUCGCGAGAGUCUUACAACACCCCCUGCAAGGAACUGUUGAGGAUUCUGUGAAGGCCCGAAAGCUAAUCGCGAAGAUACAAGGCAAAAGCGCUGAGCUAUCACAACAGGCUGGUCGGAAAAUGGUAAGGAAUUCGAAAAUCCUCCCCGAGCCACAACCAGAUGAGCGAAGCAGGGACAAGUUGCAAGAGAGAAGAAUAGCGGCGAUCGCGACAACGAAAAAUUCGAACUUAGUCCGUGAUAACGCAGGAUCUGAUGAGGAAGAGGAACCAGUAUCUUUAAAUUACCCAGUUAUGGAAAAGAUUGAAGGGAGAUCAUCACCAUUGCUCCCUCGCUUGUUGCAAAAAAGGCUUCAGAAUCUGCCAAAGUUGGCAGUGACCAGCGAGGACACCAAGCCCGUGCUGGAGGAACGGGAGUUGCGGCACUCCUCACCGAUAUUGACACAGUUGGACGUUCAGGACGAGCUGUCAUUUCGAGUAUGGGAGCAGGAGCCGGUACCGAAGCGCAAAACAAUUAGCAUAUCUAGAGAUUUCCAGGAGCUUGACCUUGAUGCUGGUGAUGAGCACGCAAAGCCGAAAGACGUCAAAUCGACUGUACUCAAUAAUGAACGUGGCUCAGUUGUGAAGUCUCGCGGUAGCUUAUCGCGCAAGGAUGUAAGCGUCACUGUAAAUUCUUCGGAGACUACCGAGGUUUUUCAGCCCCUGGAGGUUUCCCUACCAGCAUUCGUGAAUCUGAACACAUUCUCUCAGCUCAACCGAAAAGCAACACCGAAUGUGGACGUGAAUACCCGGCAUUGUAAGGAAGAGCUGCAGCACGAUUAUCCAUCUCCGUCGUCUUUCAUAUGUGGAACCUCCCCUAAGUCUUUGUUUUCAGACGACGACAGCAUGUUUUCAAGGUUUCAGCAGUUCCCCAACUUCGACGCGAGCGAAGUGGCGCUGCCGGUCUGCAAGUCUCCUCGGUCGGUGCUAUCCCAAGAGCCCGAUGAAAUUUCUCAUUGCAUGUCGGAUAGUUCAGAGACUCUCGACAAUCGCCCCCUGCACGCGGCCGCUGCAACACUGUCGUGCAACGACGAAGCGUCAGACUUAGAAUCGCCCAUGAAGUGCAAGAACGUGGACGCAGUGUAUAAGCAACGGCCAUUUUCGAAGUCUGCUUACGCUGGCAAGAAGACGUUAUGCGCCAGGUCUUUGGACGAGGAGAAUCCAGACAGAGCACGCAAUGGUGCGGCACUGGUGGACGAAGAUGUUGCCGAUCUUUCAGAUUUACGGUACUUUCAUGAGGCGGAACAGCGGGAGCCAUGGCUUGAGAAGAAUGGCGGGGUGUUGGACGACACCGAUUUGGACUUCCUCUUGCCUACGGAUUUCGAAGAGCUUGACGCAACAUCACCAGCACUAGAUGCUGUUGAGAGUAUAAACUCGGAGGUGAUGUUGAACAGCCCGACGAAACCAAAAGGUCAGAACACUUGGAUGAAAUUCGUGGACGUUCAGUCGCGUGGCUUGAAUGAUUCACCGGAGGCGACAAAGCACCGACACAACAGAUCUUCAAGCUUCCGGAGGUCGAGCAUUGAAAAACAAAUUCCACCAAGACCUCCCAAGCGCUCGGUGAAAUUCGCGCCUGAGCUCGUGCGAGAGCCCUCAACCUUCAAAUCCUCAAAUCGUCCAAAACCAAAGCCGGCACUUUCACUCCUCAAACUAGAGCCGGCAACUCUGAAAGAUGACGAUGAGCACAUAUAUCCCAGCGUGAAGAGCUGGGAAGUUGAGGAGAAAGAGGAGCAAUCCACACCUACAUCAUCAUCAAGGUCAUCUAGACGGUGGCGAAGACAUCGCGAGCUGCCAAAUGUAUCUGGUGAUCUAUCAGCAAACUCUCCGAAUUCACCGCAGGGAGAGAUCGAACCCGAAGACAGCCCAUCGAUCCUCAUAUCACGGAGACGGUGGCGGAGAUUCAGAGACGAGUGGAAGGCAACUUCACCCGGUGACUCAACAAAGUCUGGAUGGAGCUCCAGCUACGAACCGCGACACCUGAGCAGGCGUCAUAGAAUAGUGCAGAUCAUGCCGUGUGCGGGGAAGCUAUUCUCUUGGCCUCACCGACAUGCACAUCUCAAAACGAGUCGAAGAGGUUCCCUAGUGGACAGUGACAACGAGAGUAGCACUGUGGGAGAAGAAAGCUUUGGCAGAUCAGCGAGGAGAGAUGCACAGCAAGUUAGGAGAAUACUGAAGGGAGGCCAAAAACACUUCCCCAAGGUGACGGUAGCCGAGAUUUUGCAAGAAAGUUUUGCGAGUUAAAGCCCAUGGAUCAACCAUCUUGUGUGAUUGUAAAAUAUUCCAAAAAGUUAAAACUGCAACUGCCUGUUUAGACAGAUAUUCAUUUCUCUUUGGGAUGAUGCUCCGAGUGCAUGAGGUAGAGCUUGUCAGCCAUAAAAGUUAGAUUCAGCAACAUGAGUGAAACUAACACAUAGAAAACUGCCCCCCCUUUGUACUAAUCGUAAAUAUGAACACAUUUACCACUUUCUGAUUUGUGCAUAA